UUCGCUGAGCACGAGCUCAGUCUCCCUCCCGUUGGCUGAACUGUACACGUCAGCAGUCAAUAAGUUUUACCCUAGAUGUAUCAUAGUCCCAUUAUCCUCUUCCUGGUAUGAGUGUGUUGACACAUUACACCUACUUUUGGUGCUAAGAACAAGCGGUUGAAGCGACUGUUUGGCAACUGACACGGGUUUCAAGUGGAAAGACAAUUCUGUGAGAGGAAAAGCAGCCAUCAAAGAAACGCCUGACAUUUGGUUUCAAGCCACGCGUCACGCGACGUUGGACUGUUUCUAGCAAAAGUUUGAGUUUCAGCGCACGGGGAAACAAUGUUGCAAACGAGUUUACAAUGAAGACGCGCGUGAUAAGGUGAAUGAAAGCCAUUGUCGUCCUAAUCUUACGUUUGUUUUUACUUUGAAAAAAUGAGGUUUCGACUGCACAAGAGGAAUCUGCUCGCGCUGUUGGGUGUUUCCUUCGUAGUUGUGACACUCUUGUUUUCAACACGUGUAUUAAUAGUGUCCGAUAAUGACACAAGUAGACAUAAUGAUCCUAUCUUUCAGGUAGAUCGGGACAUGAGAUGUAGUGAUCUGUGGAAGUUCAGCUUUGAUUCAAUGCAAACAAUGUCUCUGUCCGUUUUCACUGGCAAUAUAAAGCAGUGUGUUCACAAUGCCAAUAAAUUUCCAGAGGACCCUCAACUAGUGCUGGUUGUGCAGGUCCACAACAGGCCUGAAUACCUCAAACUGUUCAUUAAGUCACUGGAGAAAGCUGCUGAGGUCCACAGCUUCCUUGUUAUCUUUAGCCAUGACUAUUUUUCAGAGGAAAUAAACACGAUUGUGCGAGGGAUAACUUUCUGCAAGGUACAGCAAAUUUAUUUCCCUUUCAGCACUCAGCUGUAUCCCAGCGAGUUUCCCGGGCAGGAUCCACGAGACUGCCCUCGAGACAUAACCAAGGACAAUGCUCUCAAAACAGGAUGCCUCAACGCAGAACACCCUGACUCCUAUGGGCACUACAGGGAAGCCUUCAUCACUCAGACCAAACACCACUGGUGGUGGAAAUUGCACUUUGUGUGGGAACGAGUGGGCAUAAUGCACGGCUACAGUGGCUUUGCAGUCUUUCUGGAGGAGGACAACUACAUCUUACCUGACUUUUUCCAUUUUUAUAAGGCAAUGAUAGAGUUCAGGAAGAGCAGCUGUCCAGACUGUGACAUGCUUGCUUUGGGAAACCACAACGACCUGACUGAUUUUACCAGACUGUCCAAUAAGGUAUUGACCACUGGCUGGAUGUCCACUAAACACAACAUAGGCAUGGGCAUAUCCAGGGAGGUGUACUAUAAACUGAUGGGCUGCAGCAAGGAGUUCUGCACCUAUGAUGACUACAACUGGGAUUGGACUCUGCAGCACCUCUCAGGAACGUGCAUACCAAAGCCCCUCAAAGUGCUCGUAGCACAGGGCUCCAGGGUUCUUCACACUGGAGACUGUGGUCUUCACCAGAAGGAGAACUGCAGGCCAGAAUGGGCCUCAAAGAGGGUUGACGAGGGACUUCAGAUGGCCAAGGACGCUCUGUUUCCUCCAUCUCUUGCCCUUAAUGGUGCAGAACCAGUGGAGCACAAGGCACACAUGAAGAAUGGAGGAUGGGGAGACGUUCGAGACCAUGUCCUAUGCAAUAACUAUGCCAAACGUCUUUGAACUGUACCUUAUCUCUAUGACUAUGGGUGUACAUUGGUAUUCUGCAAAUGUGCCAUCUUACAGCUUUUCAGGGUUUCAGAGGCUGUUGUUGUCUUCCAAGAAAUAGAACCAAAUCAAGUCUAAACAGGUUGCAUGUACACAACUAGAGUUCAGCUUGUUUUUAAAAACUUUUAAUUUUUUAAUCACCAAAGCUGCACAGUUGCCAAAGACUUUGUUGAUAUUUGUGUUGUGUGUAAUGCAUGCAAGCUCAGUCAUGCUGUCACCAGGUUUGCUUAUCUCUGGGUGUUUUACAAGCCAAGACAGUAGGUUAGAUUCAUUGCACACUAACGGGAAAUAAGAAUAAACUAUUACUGUGUGUACAUACACACACAGUAAUUUACUAUUUUAUCUGCAGAUAUAUCACUACACAGGAUGUUUAUUCACAAGACAUUCAGUGUGUGUAUUAAUGUCUUGCAAUACUUUUUUAUGGAACAUUCAGUUGCAGUGUUUUUAACAUGUGCUUUUUAUGGUACGGUUUUAUGUGUAACAGCAAGAUAAGCACAUGUAAUGUACAUACGUAAAGGUAUAAUCAAAACAUGUAUGACAAUGUUCAAUAUAAUGGGAAGCUCUAGUUUAUUGUGCAACCGCUGUCUUUGGAGUUGUCUUCCUGAAUGUAGCUUUCAGUCUCUGUUCUAACCAGAGGUCUUUUUAUGAGGAGAGGCCGACUUACACCACUUACUUUAUCAGCCUUCUACUCCCCACUUUAUUGAUCUCUGGUUGCAACAACCAGUGCUUGAUAUUGAUUUCUUUUUUUUUGGUUUUCAGUGUACAUUUGCUUUCUGAUACAAGAACAGUGACCUCUUGGAAUCUUGUUCAAGAUAUCGGCUCCACAAACAUCAGGGUCAUCUGUGACUGCAUUUCUAUAUUUGCACCUUCUUUGUUAGAAUUGAUUUUAGGACAUAAGAUUCAAAUAAUACAGAACAAAUUGCCUUGGAAUUUUACAAAAAGGAAAGGCAGACCGUUUCCUUUCCAGGCAUUUGUUUGGUAGUUGAAAAAAAUAUCCCACUAAAGCUGAACUUCCCUUUUUACAGUGUAAAAACCAUGAGAAACAUAAUCAUAAUGAUGCUUUAUUGACUUUAAGCUGACCAAAAGUGCCUUUUGAUAGUUCAUUUGUGCCUGUUUUAAAGAGAGUUUUUAAGGUGCACUGAGAAUAUUGUUGUUGACCUAGUGCGUACAUGACUAUGUGCCAAUGCAGGGGACUCAUAUUUUUCCUGAGAUAUUUUUUGAUAGUGUCUUUACUCAUAAGAUGUUGAGUAAAGACUUGAGCAUGGAUGUCAAUUUGUCAGUUAGGUAAAAUUAUUGCCUCACUGUUUACAGAUGUCAGUGACCCCAGAUCCAGUAAGUGCCUUAGCCUGAUAUUGAUACACCUCCCUGUGCCUUGUGCCUUAUGGAGAUUGCUAGUCAAGAAACAUGGAUUGUAUGUGAUAAUGAAAUAAACUAUCUUCUAUUUUGUGGUGGAAAGCAUAAUACAGUUUAAAGAAAGAUGAUGAAAAAAGAUAGCAAAGAUGACCUAAUACACAAAAAUAUACAGAUAAUAAUGACUCUCUCUGAUGUAUGUGUGUGUGUGUGUAUGUAUUUAUGUGAGGUUUUUGUAUGUGUAUGCAAUUGUUCCUUAGUUGGUGAGAUGUACAGCUGUUGAAAAUGAGACCAACCUUUUUUGUUGCUUUUGCUUGUUUUGUUCCUUUCUGAUCAUCACUUGAAAUAGCUGUUUAUUUUUCACUUAAUUUUUGCCAAAUGGGAAAAUAAAAGACAUUGAAUGUU